CGAUUUGAACUUGUAGACGUGAUGUUAAAAAAACGGUAAAAAAUAUAAACGUGUAAAACUUUAAAAGAAAUAAAAUAAAAAACGGAAGAGAAUGAAACGGAAGUUUUUAAUGAUAUUUAAAUAUUAAAAAACUGAAAGCUGUAACGGAAAAAUAUUUUAUAUAAAUUUAAGAAAAUUUAAGAUAAAUUGAAAGGAAAUUAUUUAAGAAAUUAAUAAAAAAAAAUGUUUAUAAAUUUUGUAUUAAUUUAAAAUUAAAACAAGUUUAAGUUAAAAAAAGUGUUUAAUAAGUUUAAGCAAAAAAUUUUUAAAUUUUUAAGAAAAGAUAUUGUUAAAAAAAACAACAUUUGUUUAAGAAACAAAAGCGGUUUUAAACCAGAUUCAUCAAUUUAAUUUUGAUGAAAUUUUUUUUUGGCUAAAACCUUGAUUGCUGAAAUUAUAAAAAAUUAUAAAAAAAACUUAAAAAAGUAAUAAUUAUAAAAAACCACCAAAAAAUCUUGGAUUUAACACCAAAAAAAAAAGAUUUUAAAAAAUCAUCUUAAAACAACACACACACACGCACAACAUGACAACACCCCACGAGAAUCCCGCCUUUGUUGGUGAUGAUGGACGAGGGGUCCCAAGUAAAAAUAAUGUAGAAGUGGGACGCAUUACUAGCACAGAUAAUGCUAUACCGCCUAAAGAUAAACCCAUGCCCGAACGUGAUACCUGGGGUAAAGGUAUUGAAUUUUUACUCUCCUGCAUAGCCAUGUCCGUGGGUUUGGGCAAUGUCUGGCGUUUUCCCUUCACCGCGCUCGACAAUGGUGGUGGAGCGUUUCUGAUACCUUAUCUAGUGGUGUUGUUUCUAGUAGGUAAACCGAUUUACUAUUUAGAAAUGAUUAUAGGACAAUUUUCGAGUAGAGGAUCUGUUAAGGUAUUCGAUUUGUGUCCGGCAAUGAGAGGCGUUGGCAUUGGUCAGAUUGUCUCCAUUUCCAUGGUGACCACUUACUAUGUGGCCAUUAUGGGCAUGACUGUACGUUAUUUGUUUGAAUCCUUUAAAUCACCUUUACCCUGGACUGAAUGUAGAGAUUCAUGGAAUGCUGUCUGUGUAGCCUCUGCAGAGGUUAAUACUGCUGAAAUUUUAUAUAGUGCCACUGAUAAUUUGACCAGCACUACCCUCCCCUCUAUCAUAUCGAAUGUAUCAUCUGUCAUUUUGAAUAAUGUCACAAGUCUGAGUAGUGUUAAACCUAAAUCUUCAGCUGAAUUGUAUUUUAUCAAUGAGGUGUUGCGUGAGAAGCAAAAUAUUAAUGAUGGUAUUGGCUGGCCCAAUUGGGAGUUAGUUUUGGGCCUAUUCGUGUCCUGGCUGUGUGUUUUUGGUAUUAUCAGCAGAGGUGUAAAGAGUUCCGGUAAAGCUUCUUACUUUUUGGCCAUUUUCCCUUAUGUCAUUAUGUUGGUGCUGUUGAUAAGAGCUGUUACUUUGCCCGGUUCCAUAGAUGGUAUUAUUUACUUCAUUAAACCCGAUUGGAGUAAAAUUUUGGAUCCUAAGGUUUGGUAUGCUGCUGUCACCCAAUGUUUCUACUCUUUAUCUGUGUGCUUUGGCAACAUUAUCAUGUAUGCUUCCUAUAAUAAAUUUGGUCAUAAUGUCCAUAGAGAUGCCACCAUUGUUACUGGUUUGGACACAUGCACUUCGCUUUUGGCUGGCUUUACCAUUUUUGGUAUUUUGGGUCAUUUGGCUCAUGAGAUUGGUACAGAUGAUAUUGGCAGUGUUGUGAAAGGUGGUGCUGGUUUAGCUUUCAUUUCAUAUCCUGAUGCUAUAGCCAAAUUUAAGCAAUUGCCUCAAAUCUUUUCGGUGCUAUUCUUCCUUAUGUUGUUUGUAUUGGGUAUUGGUUCCAAUAUCGCCAUGACUUCUUGCACUGUAACAGCUAUAAGAGAUAACUUCCCUCAGGCCAAGCAAUGGCAAUGUGCUUUGGGCAUUGCGAUAGUUAGUUUUGCCAUAGGUUUGGCUUAUGUGACACCGGGAGGACAAUUUAUUUUGACUUUGGUGGACUAUUUCGGUGCCUCUAUGAUUGCCUUAGUUUUGGGCAUUGCUGAAUUAUAUUGUUUAGGAUGGGUUUAUGGUGUGGAUCGUUUGUGCAAAGAUGCAGAGUUUAUGAUGGGACGCAAAGUAGGACCCUACUGGCGUUGGUGUUGGGCUGUUGUUACCCCCUUAAUCAUGACUGUUAUAUUGAUAUAUUUCCUUUCCACCUAUACACCUUUAACCUAUAAUGGUGUUAAUUAUCCCAAUUGGGCCUAUGCCAUUGGCUGGACUAUCACCUGUUUUGGUGUUUUACAAUUACCCAUUUGGGUAGUAGUGGCAGCCAUACGUACACCCGGUGCUACAUGGGGUGAAAAACUACGUGGUGCUUUUAAACCCAAACAUGACUGGGGACCCACCGAUCCUUUGCUAAGAGAGCAAUACAAUAAAGAAAUUGCUAAUGAAGCAAUAGCUAAUGAAGGCUUAGGUUGUUGGGGUUCCAUUAAGAAAAACAUAUUUGGCUGAAUUUAUAUUUAAAUGAAAACAACUCAGCUUUAAAGUAUUAUUAACUAAAAAAAAACAGACAAAUUUAGUAGUAGUUUUAAAUUAAAUUAAGCUAAAAGUGAUUUAAGUUAAAUUAAAAAAAGAUAACUUGCCAAAUGUUAAUAAGAAAAAGCUAUAGAUUUUUGUUAAACAUAACUGUACUUAUUUAUAAGAAUAUAAACUGUAAAGUAUUGUUGUAUAAAAAAUAGCUUUAAUUUAUUACAAAAAAAAUGUACAUAAAAUAUUUUUAAUAAUAAUAAAAAAACAA